AUGGCGUUCAUGUUGAGAGCCUUCACAAAUAGCCUCCGGCGGACGCGACCGUCACCUAGGGAACUGUCCAGUAGCGUUGCGCAUUGUCUCCCUACAGAAACCCCAAUCGAGGAAGAGACCUUACCAUAUUAUCAACCAUCGCAUUAUUAUCCAGUCAAAAUUGGCGAUGUCUAUCACACCAGAUACGAAGUUGCGGGAAAGCUCGGAUAUGGGGCAUACUCCACGAGUUGGCUGUGUCGAGAUCUCCAAGUCAACAAUAAAUACACGGUACUGAAGGUCUCCACCUCAUUGCCAGAUUCUCCUACGGCGACAGAUCGUGAAUGGAGAGUGUAUGAGCACUUAACUAGGGUUGAUUCUUCGCACCCAGGGCAAUCACUGAUCCGCGAGCUGUAUGACUCGUUCGACCUCCAGGGCCCUGGAGGUACACAUCGAUGCCUGGUGCUGCAACCCAUGACUAUGACCCUCCUUGAGAUGUUGAGAUUGAAUCCCAGGCCGUUUGACCUCCCUCUGCUUAAAAUGACUGUCAAGCGGCUUCUAUUAGCGCUUGAUUUUUUGCACUCUGAGGCCGACGUUAUUCAUACUGACUUGAAGACGGACAAUCUGAUGCUCAGUCUGGAAGACAGCACUAUGCUGGCAGACUUCGCAACCGCGGAGUCUAUAGACCCAAGCCCCCGCAAGAUGAUUGACCAGUCACGUAUAAUCUACACCAGUCGAAAGUUUCGCAGGCCGACUGGAGGUAAAAACUACGGACUGCCAAUGUUAUGCGAUUUUGGCGAGGCAAGGAUUGGCAAGACACAAGAGUCGGGACCUUUCGUUCAACCACAUAUCUAUAGAGCGCCAGAGGUCAUUUUCGAAAUGCCUUGGGGAAGCGCCAUCGAUAUCUGGAACCUUGCAGGCCUCAUUUGGGACUUGUUCGAGGGGCAGCAUCUAUUCGGAGAUAUUUUCGAUCCCAGAGGUGGUCAUGAUCCGUUCAAACACCUGGCCCUCAUGGUAGCCUUGAUUGGGCCACCACCGAGCGAGUUUGUGCGGCGCAGCGAGACGACAGAGCAGUGCUUCGACCCCAGCGGUGGCUGGAUUGCUCAUGAUGAAGCGCCAGUACCUGCAGUUUCACUUGAUGUUCUGGAGAAGCGUCUUACUGGUGACGAGAAAGAGUUGUUCUUGGCGUUCAUUACCUCUAUGUUGAAGUGGAUGCCAGAGGAACGCAAGACAGCCAAACAGCUGCUUGAACAUCCUUUCUUGCUUUAA